CUCAUAAAGAUCAGACGGAAUAAAAAGAGAGAAAAUUAUCAUCCAUCAUCAUCAUAUUCUGAAAAAUGUCAUCAAUGAAUUACUACGGACGACUCUUUCCAGUUGAAAUUGGUCAAUUCAUCUCCAUCGUUGGAAAAGCUUGCAACAAUCCUGAAAGUUUCAAUAUCGACUUGACAGCAGCAAAUGGUCAAGAAAAUGAUGACAUUCAUCUUAAUAUCUCUGCUAGAUUUGCUGGUGAUGAGCCUGUAGUCAUUAGAAAUACUAAAGCUGGUGGCCAAUGGGGUCAGGAAGAAGGAACUGACAACCUUUUUCCUCACAAUUCUUUGAAUCCACUUAAACCUGGCGGUGACUUUAAAGUUGACAUUUUUGUUGAUGAAGUUGCUUACUUCAUUUCCAUUGACAACAAGCCAUUCUGUACAUACAGUCAUCGAAUGCCAGUUGAUGGAAUCCAAGUCGUUAACAUUACUGGCGAUGUUGAAGCUGUUUAUCAAGUAAACCAAAUUAAUGCUCAGCCUAGACCAUGGCCAGCUGUUAAUGUUAAUGAAUUUGAGUCCAUUGCUCCUGGACAAUUUGAUCCUGGCAAUAUUAUCGUCAUUACUGGAGUUCCACGAGGUGACAUCAAUGGAGACUUUACUGUCAAUUUAUUCGAUGGAUCAAACAGAUUCCGCACUCACUUCCAAUUCCAAGCAGUAUUAGAAAAUCAAGCCAUAUUUUUAGAUUCUCAAGAUGAUAAAGGAAAUUGGCGUGGUGAAGUUACUGGAAAUUAUCCAUUCAACAUAGGCGAGACAUUCACACUUGCCAUUGCAUUGACAAAUGAUGAGUUCCAGGUUGCCAUCAAUGGACAGAAAGUUGCAACUUUAGCUUAUGUUGAGGAACAUGAGAGACUUUUUGGAAGUUUGACUGGAAUCGUCAUAAAUUCUAACAGUGGAUUGAAUGUUCAAGUUCAAGGUGUUGCUUAUAUGAAAUUGCCAGCUGAUUGUGAAGGAUUUGAGAAUUUCACACAUGUUUAAAAUAUUUUAUGCCAUUUUAAAAUUAAUUUUUUG